UCGGACCGGUUCGUCGCUUUUCAAACCCGUUUAGAUAUCUCGCGUGCCACUUCCAAACGGAGAGUAUACUCGCCCACAACUUCGCGUGCGUGCGGCGUACGGUGGCGGCACGGUGGCGGACCGAGUCAUAACAAUUUCGGCGAUCAACGCAUCGAAAGCCGGUCAUCAAGUUGAUUGUUUAGUUCCCGUGAUCGGUAUGAACCUAGUUCCUUGAGUGUUUGCUUUGGUCGUAGUGCAGCCCAAGGGCCGGAACGGCUCAUCGUUUGCCACAGGCUCUGUGCCCUCCACCAGGAGGCUCAGUGGUGUAAUUUCGGAACCAUCCAGUUGUUACCAGAAAGAAUGAAAAUUAGAUACGAGCAAGCAAUUGGAGCAGCAGCACCAGCGGUGGCAAUCGGCGGCAUCAGCAGCGUUAGCUACGCCAGCAACGACGACGGUGGAAGAUGCUCUCAUGGCAUUUCUUAACGUACAUGAUUGGAUUUCUGCUGUGCGGUGGCCAAUUUCUAACAAUAGCUAAUGCAAACGUAAUCCACAACGUGCUGGGCCUCCCGUCGACCUGCAUGCAUCAGAAUGUGGUCCGCCAGUGUCGAUUGUCGUUUUCCUGCUGGCUCGAAGGUGGCCGUCAUGUGGCCGGAUGUGGUGAUAACCGGUGGUUGCUGUCAUGCUGCGUUAAGGACAACGAUCUGCAAACUUCGUCCGCGAUGAUCAAUUCCAAACUAGCGUUUGCAGCUCCGAUGCGUCCCGCCACGGCAAUGGUUCCUAUGGGUGUGAUGCCGGUUGCUCCAGUCAAAGCACAUCCGUACGUGCCGUCAUCCAAAAAGAGUAGCUUUUUCCGACGGCGAUCCGAUCAAAUGGGAAUAAUGGGAGACUGCGGCAUAGCUCGUACACCACAAAACACACUGCAGAAGCGAAUCAUCGGAGGUCGCACAGCCAAUUUUGCCGAGUACCCUUGGCAGGCCCACAUUAGAAUAGCGGAAUACCAAUGCGGUGGAGUGCUGGUAUCGCGAAUGUUCGUGGCAACGGCGGCCCACUGUAUCCAGCAGGCACGACUGAAGGACAUUACCAUCUACCUGGGAGAACUGGAUACUCAAAACUCGGGAAAGAUUGCCGAGCCCCUGCCAGCAGAGAAGCACCGGGCAGAGUUGAAAAUCGUACACCCAAAGUUCCUGUUUCGGAUGACCCAACCGGAUCGAUAUGAUUUAGCCUUGCUGAGAUUGACCAGGCCAGCCGGCUACAAGACGCACAUUCUGCCAAUCUGUUUGCCCACGAGACCGUUGGAGCUUAUCGGAAGGAAAGGGAUUAUCGCUGGCUGGGGUAAGACCGAUGCCAACAUGGGACAAACUGGAACGAACAUUCUUCGGACGGCGGCAGUUCCGAUUAUAAGUACAAAUGAUUGUCUUCGUUGGCAUAAAAGCAAGCUGAUCAAUGUUGAAUUGUACAACGAAAUGUUUUGCGCUGGUCAUUCGGACGGUCAUCAAGAUGCUUGCCUGGGUGACUCCGGGGGCCCACUGAUCAUAAGCGAUCGCGGUCGGUUCACGCUGAUCGGCAUCACCAGUGCAGGGUUCGGUUGUGGAGUAGACCACCAGCCAGGAAUCUACCACAACAUCCAGAAAACGGUCAAAUGGAUUCAGAAUGUGAUUUUAACCGGAAGCUGAGCAGCAGUCUGGUGCUGACGCCGUGCGAGGCGAUGGUGCAAUUUCGGGAAUCAACAGUAUUUUGUUACGUAUUUUAUCGUAGAGAUUAUAAUGUAUAGCGAGUGUGCACAUGAUUCUAUUUUAGAGAAAUUUUACAAAUUGUACCAUCAUGACAAGCUGAAUGUGAUUAUCUACUUUUAAAAACUUUUUGCAAAUUUUAUACUACUUUCGGGAACAAACUUCUUCGAUACUCGGUGGGUGCUUCUAUUUAAUUGGUUUUAAAUCGUAAUCAACGUUAAUUAUAAAUCUGUCUGCACUUUCAGAAACACCUAUUUAGAUUGUACGAAAUGUAUUCGUUAAGAAUCAUUAGUGAAAUAUUUAUUUUAUAUUAGAACAAUAAAUUGUCA